AUGCACUUUGAUUUGCGAUUCGCGCCCUGCAAUCCAGUGAUAUCGACCCUGAGCGACUUCAAGGCGCUGACCGAUCUGAGCAUCAACACGCCCAUCGUGGUGUACGCCACUGCCAGCGCCGAUGCAGAGGUGGACCCAGAGCUGGUCAGGGCCGUGCAUGCCUCCAGGGGCUCGGUGCGCCUGGCCCAGCUGGACGCGGGGUCUGCCCAGCUGAGCCGCCUGACCGCCCAGCUCCACAUCACCAACCUGCCUGCCACCCUGCUGCUGUUUGGGGGCAGACUCAUGGACUCCCAGCCGGGGGCCCCCUCCGGCCAGGAGCUGCGGGACUACCUGGCCCAGAUCCAGAAGCUGGCGGACGACGUGGCGCGGCACCGGGCGCAGCAGGCGGAUGCAGCCGCCUCGGGCGGGGGCACUGGGCCGAACGCCACCCCCGCGCAGCUCCUCGAACAGGGGUAUGCAGCCCUGCAGAGCGCCGACGCCGACGUCGAGACUGCUGCCCUCCCCUGGUUCCAACAAGUACUGAUUGAAGGCAGCCCGGCUUCGGAUGCGGAGCGCUGCAAGGCGCUGGCGGGGGCGGCGCAGUGUGCGCUCCUCAGGACGCCCUGCGACGUAGAGGCCGCGGCGGGGCUGGUGGAAGCCGCGCAGCAGGUGCUGCCGGAGGACAAGAGGCCGGGCGAGGUGGCCCAGGCGGCAGCGUUCCUGGACCUCGCCCGGGAGCGGUUGGCCCUGGAGGAGGGCACUGAGGCUUCAGACCCCAAGGGCGCGGAGGCCGCCUUCCGCAUGGCCCACAAGCUGUUGGCAGAGAGGCAGUACGCCGAGGCGUUGGACGCGGGGCUCAAGAGUGUGCGGGCGGAUCGGGGGUGGCAUGAGGAAGCCGGGCGGAAGCUGCUGCUCCGCAUGUUUGAGGCGCUGGGCGCGGGGCACCCUGCGGUCAAGCCCGCCCGCUCCCGCCUCUCCAACAUCUGGUUCUUGUAA